AGAUCUACAACCAAACAGAUUUUUCUUCUUUGGAGCGGAGGUCUGACCUCACCCAUUCAUCCCAUCUACAUAAUGACUGAGCAGAGGUCCGGACCAUCGUCUGUGUCACAGGGUUUUGUUCACCAUAUAGCAGGAGUACUGCCCUCUGAAAGAAGGAGAGUUUUUGUUACUGGUCUAAACCCCAAGGCUUCGGUCGGUUUUUAGAUUCAAGAAAAUACCUGAAUCAUUUACACCCGACCGCUAGUGUGUGUGAGAGAGCAUGUAUACGUGUGUACGAGUCUGUGCGUGCAAGACCGAGACAGCGUGAGAGCAGCUCUUAGCUCCGCCAUCAAUAACGGAUAGAAAAAGAAAUCGGAUCCCUUUUUUCCCCCAGAACAUUUUUUUAGGAAUGAACGCGGAGACGUGCGUUUCAUACUGUGAUAUGGCAUCCAUGGAUUCGUAUUAUACCCCGUCUGCACCCCAAGGCACGGAUCACCAAGGAAACCCUUUUAGGACAUUCCAGGCAAGUGAUACCAAAUACAGCCCCACUUUCAUGGCCAACAAAGGUCAGAUUUUUGGGGAAAAGUCGCGGAGCCCUUUCCAACAGGAUUGCCCGUCAUUGGAUGCGACAUCUGAGGAAGGCACCUUCCACAAAUACCACAUUUUCAUGCAAAGGUCUUCUUGCAAAACUCCUCCAGAAGACAGCAAACUUCACCAAGACAGCGGGCACGGCGGAGCUCUCAUCCCUUGCUAUGGUAGCUGCCGUCCCAAAGAGCAGGCAUCCCUGUCGGAAUAUACAGAACAGAGCAGGACCAAAGAAAGGACUGGUCUGAUAGAUUCAGAUCUUUCCCCAAACACCGACCCAACGGCGAUGGAGGGAGGUUACCUCAGCGUCAAGGAUCCUGGGGUGAAAGGCUCCCAAGAGAGGCCAGGCCCCGAGUUGACAGGGCCGCUGGAGAAGGCUGAGGGCGAGAGCAACAAGGGCAAGAAGAGACGUAACCGAACUACAUUCACCAGCUACCAGCUGGAGGAGCUGGAGAAGGUGUUCCAGAAGACGCACUACCCGGACGUCUAUGCCCGUGAACAGCUGGCACUCCGCACGGACCUGACUGAGGCACGCGUACAGGUGUGGUUCCAAAACCGGCGCGCCAAGUGGAGGAAGAGGGAGCGCUUCGGGCAGAUGCAGCAGGUCCGCACACACUUCUCCACCGCCUACGAGCUGCCCCUGCUCACACGGCCUGAGAACUAUGCGCAGAUCCAGAACCCUUCAUGGAUCGGGAGCAACAGCACGGCAUCCCCGGUGCCAGGCUGUGUGGUGCCCUGCGACACGGUCACCUCCUGCAUGACGCCCCACCCCCACGCAGCCAGUGGCGUCUCCGACUUCCUGGGGGCACCCAGCCCUGGGGGCCCCGGGGGCCCCGGAGGACAGACGCACAUGGGCAGCCUUUUCUCCGGACCAGGAAUGGGCUCCGGCAUCAAUGGCUACGACCUCAACAUGGACCCUGACCGCAAGACGUCCAGCAUCGCGACACUGCGAAUGAAGGCCAAGGAGCACAGCGCUGCCAUCUCCUGGGCCACAUGAGACCCAUAAGCCCCUGGGAGCCCAAUCAGUGGUCCAGCCAACAUGAGACAAAAGUAAACACUUGCCAAGCAUUAACCACCGUUUGAACUGUAACCCAAAGAAAACUACAAAUCUAAACUAAAAACAACAACCUUAGUAAUUAGAAUCGUCACUCCGGAAUCCUUGAGGCCUCUCACUAUUUCCGGAGCCUCCCUUGAGAGAUCUGAGAGGCGGGUAAUGAGGGGAUUCACAGAGUUGGCUGACCUGGCCAAUCAGAAACAGCUACCGAUUCACAACAAAGGUACGCCAACAGAAAGCCUGUCGAGGGGUGAGUAGGACCAGCCAUCACUCCAACCCAAGAAGGUCAUGGAUGUUUGCGGCAUCAAGAACAACCACUGUCUGGGUUGGAUGAUGUUUACAAUGAAAAAAAGAAACAUUGAGAAAACUCAAUGAAUGAGGCAGAAUAAUUACAAACACAAAUUUCAUGCUAAACUUUGUUGGAUGCCAAAACGGUUCUAGAGGUUUCUAAAGACUUUGUUAUUGGUCAGUACACAUAUUUACAGAAAUAUUUCCCCAAAAACUGCCAUUCAUUUCUGACACAAACCCCAUCACCUGGGAGUUGACCAUCGACCCACACAGCAUUACAUCUGAUGGAAACAAACACCCAGUGAGCUUGUAGUAAUUAAUUUGCAGUCAGUUACAUCAUGCUGAGCCAAACGACAGGUGACGUAGACACUCUGCUAAGUGGCAUGACUGACACAGCCACCCACAGCAGAUCUUCUCUCAAGUUCUAUCCAAGCCGUCACUAUGGAGCAGAUAAAUCUUCCUAAGGAAAGUCUAGAUACACAUCAGGAACAGCUCAAACGCAUCAGAUUUAACUGAGAUAUACGCCAACGCGGCCAUCAUGUUUCAAUCGGGAUUUGAGACUAAGGGCUGAUACGGAUCCCAUCACAGCUGGGCACGGACCAUCGUACAGAACACCAAGGUCUACAAGUUUAAAGUUUUCAACCACAUUUUAUAGCCCCAAAUUUUAGAAAAAUAACUUCUCAUAUUUGUACCAAACCAAGUGGCUUCCAUAGAUUAGAAUCUCAGACAAAACCUCCAGCUCCUGAUGUUCUAUAGAUGAAGUUU